AGUCACAGCAAUGCGCUGGUGGCGCCAGUUACUGCGGAGUUCACUUCCGUGUCUUUAUUUUGUAAAUAGAAGAGUAUUUCAUUGAUACGAUUUUCUUUGUUUUCGCACACGAUGUGGGCAUUGAAUGGAAAGUUUCUGAAGAAAAUGCGCGCCACCUCGAAGUCAUAUCAAGUUCACAAAAAACGUACAAUAAUCGGAAUCCACCGUUGACUUCCGAUCAACCCAAUCAACUCGACAAUCAUUGAAAAAGGAUGGACCAUUCGAAGCUGACCUCCCAAUUACCAAACCAAACCGAAUUCGUAGACUACGUAGCUUUCAAUCACAGCAGCGAAACAGCGCUGAGAAUACUCCUGGACCAAGAACAGAACCAUGUCGGCCCGUGGUUCUUCUACGUCUUCGUCGUCGUUAAACUGACGGUAAUGGCGUUCAUCAUAAUGGCGGCCGUAUUCGGCAAUCUGCUGGUUAUUGUUUCGGUGAUGCGACACAGAAAAUUAAGGGUGAUCACGAAUUAUUUCGUAGUGAGUUUGGCGUUCGCGGACAUGUUGGUGGCCAUUGGAGCCAUGUGUUUUAGUUUCAGUGUGGAGAUCACCGGGGGCCACUGGGUGUUCGGGUACUUCAUGUGCGAUGUGUGGAACUCUUUAGACGUCUAUUUUUCGACGGCUUCCAUACUCCACUUGUGCUGCAUCAGUGUUGACAGGUACUACGCUAUUGUUCAACCACUGGACUACCCAUUGAUAAUGACCAACUCCAGGCUAGCUCUGAUGCUGACAGUGGUAUGGUGCAGUCCAGCAAUACUCUCCUUCCUUCCCAUCUUCAUGGGGUGGUACACGACAAACGAACACCUGGAGUAUAGGAGAACAAAUCCAUCACACUGUUCUUUCACUGUCAACAAGACGUAUUCCCUCAUCUCUUCCAGUAUAAGCUUUUGGUUGCCUGGACUAGUCAUGAUCUUCAUGUACUACAAGAUAUACCAGGAGGCUGACAGACAGGAGAUGAUGUUGUACAGGAGUAAAGUUGCAGCAGCUCUCCUAAACAAACAUCUACAGAUCAACGGCAUAUCAACAAACAUAACCUCUCUGAGACAAUCUAUGGAACUGAACUAUCAAGAUAAUCCACGAAAUACUUCAGAUCCAGGUACCUGCAGCAAGAUGAGACGAGAAAGAAAAGCAGCAAGAACAUUGGGUAUCAUAGUUUCAGUGUUCAUGGCGUGUUGGCUUCCUUUUUUUCUAUGGUACGUAAUAACGACAAUCUGCGGUUCCACAGUGUGCUACAGCCCACCCUGGAUAAUCACACUGAUGUUUUGGGUGGGUUACUUCAACUCAGCCCUGAAUCCACUCAUCUACGCCUACUUCAACAGAGAAUUCAGGGUAGCUUUCAAGAAGACCCUCCUAGGUUGUUGUCACCUCAACAGCAGGAUAGCUUGUUGGUCAUGGCUGAGAGAUGGUCGAGACCAGCCAAUCAACUAUAGCAACCAAUCUAGCGAGAUGCAAACCAACCAUCCUUUGAGGAACGACUUCAGGAAAGACUUCAGCUUCAACAUAUCCGAAGGAGAGAUCAUCAAUGUGCAGAGAGAGGCUGGUGUCUGAAUCUUUUUGGAAUAAUAGCACAGCUCAACGAACGUUUUGGUCGACAGAGUUAGAAGAUUUAGUUGACGUUUAGUCUACAUUGUCGUGAAUUGUAAGUCGAGACUGGAUUUCUCCAAAUUAGUUGUUUCCCUCUGGAUAUGGUAUCUUUAGGUACUUUAGCUAUCAGAUGAUGGAGUUUAGGUGAUUCCUUCCCUCCACUUUUGUCUGGUAUGAUUCAGGUUCGAUCUAUUGCUGGUAAUCAAGCGCUAUGAACAAGGUAUUAAUUGGUAACUCUUCCCCUGCUGUUGGUGUUAUUGGAAUGCUUGUAUCAUUCGAUAGCUUCUAAAUUCAUCCUUGAGUAGUGAGCUCAUAAAGUUUCAGAGUAUUUCUGCUUUCGAGAACAAGAUAUUGUACCUGUUGGUCCAAACAUAUUUGGCCAGUGAGGAUUCAAUAGUUUGAAUCAAUCGUCAAUACCGUAUCAUGUACUCUGCUCAGCCUUGAAAAGAGGGUCAUGUUUAUCCCAGGCACUUCUCAAGGUGUAUUCCAGUUUUUUUAUCGGUUUGUUAACUGAUUCUAUGUUUCGCAUAUGAAGCUUUCCUAUUUUGCCAGUCACCAAAGGCGUGGAAAGUAAGUAAGCUUCUUCCUUGGCAAUUAUUUCUGUAGCCAAUGGACAGGAAAGCUUGUCUCAGGUUAUCUAGCAUAUGGGUUACCUUGCAACUUUGAAAUAGUUUACAUCUGGACUAAAGAAAGAAGAAUUCAUACCCGAACAGUGCUGCCGAUUGAUUCAAACGGAUAAGAUAAGACACAUUUGCAGAAAUUUCCGAAAACGGACACACCUCCUUAUAAUCGGAAACAGAUAGUCUAUCAAACAUCAAAAUUACCUACUCAAGGAUGGAAAUGGAAUCUAUCGAAAUGUACAAGCAUUCCAAAAACAUUAUCAAGAGAGAAGAGACACAAAUAUCGUAACAUCUGUUGACCAACAAUAGAUACUCAUCGAACUAAACCAGCAAGAAGUGGAGUCAAAUGAACAACCAAUCAACUCUACAACUAAUGGAGAACGUAUAAAUUCUGUAUCUAGAUGAAAUCAACUAAUUCGGAGAGAUAUAUUGUGUUACAGUAUAUGACAAAAAAACCUCUGAAGAUGCCUACCGGAAUCGUAAGUGAAACUUUGUACGAAAACCCGAUAAGACCACAGCUAAAAAGCUCGACAUUUUCUAACUCUGUUGAACAAUCACUAUACAUUUUGGUGCCUGGUAUUUUGAGACAUUUUCGACAUUUGGUAUGAUGAUCCGAUAAAACAAACGUAUCAAAUUCGGGUUAAUUUCGAAAUGCAAAGGUAGAAAUAUAAUUUUCUAUAAUCUUGCAGCCAAAGUUUAGGUGAUAAUUGUAAUACACUUUUGAGAGUAUUCUCUAAUACUCAACCCAAGAUCUAUAGAUUACAGAGGUUGUCUCGUAACUUAAGUUAAAGAGUGUGGGUAACUCGUCAUUCGGUUGUCAUAUCGCCAUUGGCCAAACUAUAUGGAUUAUAGACGUUGCCUCGUUACUUCAACCAAUCAGCGUCAACCUUUUGUGACGUACCAGGUAGCCCUAUUCAAGUUGAAAAUAAUGAGGCAACCUUUCUAAUCUAUAGACUUAAAUUACUUUAAAAUACUCAACGAACCAAAGAUUGCAUGGAUAUUCAGGGUAAAUAGAAUAAAAAUUCCAGGUUUUCAUCAUAAAACCUAGAUUUGUCACAUUGAAAUCUUAGUAUUUUUAAUGGAGCACGACAAAUAUAAUUGAAUGAAGUUCUCAAUUAACCAGCACCUUGAAGAAAAAAGUUUUUUGAGCUGUGUUGUCCAAGUUAACAGGAUUUCGUGCGAGUAGUUUAGAGAAAAAACACAGUCGAUCGAAAACAAUCACAUCCCCUACCCUACAAUAAAGCAGUGCCUGACAUAACAUCCAAAUUGAUCCUAUCUCGAAACGAAAAAAGAAAAUUAGGAAACUAAACUCUCCAAUCAUUGAACUGGGCUCAAAUUAAUGAGUUAAUAGUUUUUUUUUCAGAUACGCUUCCUUUGAAUAUUGACUACAUAACUUCUCCUACAUUUAACCAAUUGUGAUUUCGAUGGAGGGUACAAAAAAGACGAAAACGGUAACAAUGUUUAAUAUAACAACUUCGAAACAUACAUUUUUCAAUUAAAAUAAGAAAUAUGAGACAUCGGAAGCGUUUUUUGAAA